AUGUGGAGUACAGGUGAAGCUCCUCUGCGGUGGGUCAAAAUCCACUGGGCCACCGACACCAUCCUGAACGCUCCUCGGACUGUGAAAGGCACUACUUGCAGCCCUUCCCAGGACCUGUGCCAAGAUGCGUCUGAAUGUGCCACACACAAUGGGGACAGAGUAGUACCCCUUCAGCCUCAACAUAUCACUGUCCAUCUCUUUCCUUCCUUGUGGUUUUUCACUUCUAGUCCCAGAGACCCAGACGCCAACCUGGAGGUGAGCCCUGAAGAAAGGUGGAAGCAUGCUGACCUUGUGUACAAUGAGGAAGCAGACUCAGCCUCUGGAAACCCCACUAUCAGUGCAGAUGAGGAAAAUGGGGGUCCCCAAAUCUGCCGUGUAUGUGGAGACAAGGCUACUGGUUAUCACUUUAAUGUCAUGACAUGUGAAGGAUGCAAGGGCUUUUUCAGGAGGGCCAUAAAACGCAACAAACGGCUGCGGUGCUGCUUCCGGAAGGGCACCUGCGAGAUCACGCCGAAGACGCGGCGGCAAUGCCAGGCCUGCCGCCUGCAGAAGUGCCUGGAGAGUGGCAUGAAGAAGGAGAUGAUCAUGUCCGACGAGGCCGUGGAGCAGAGGCGGGCCUUGAUCAAGAGGAGGAAGAGAGAACAAGCCCACACUCAGCCUCCAGGAGCAAAGGGUCUGACCCAAGAGCAGUGGACAAUGAUUGGGGAGCUUAUGGACGCGCAGAUCAAAACCUUUGACACCACCUUCUCCCAUUUCAAGAAUUUCCGGCUGCCGGAGGUGCUUCGCAGUGGCCGUGAGGCUCCAGAGUCUCUGCAGGCACUAUCGGGGGAAGAAGACGCCAAGUGGAGACAGAUCAGGAAAGAUAUGAUGAGCUCAGUGAAGGUCUCUGUGCAGCUGCGGGGAGAGGAUGGCAGUGUCUGGAAUUAUAAGCCCCCAGUCAACGGCGAAGGGAAAGAGAUCUUUUCCCUGCUGCCCCACAUAGCUGAUGUGUCAACCUACAUGUUCAAAGGCAUCAUCAACUUUGCCAAAGUCAUCUCCUGCUUCAGGGACUUGCCCAUUGAGGAUCAGAUCUCCCUGCUGAAGGGGGCCACCUUUGAGCUGUACCAACUGAGAUCCAACACUGUGUUCAACGCAGAGACUGGGACCUGGGAGUGUGGUCGGCUGUCCUACUGCUUGGAAGACCCUGCAGGUGGCCUCCAGCAGCUUCUCCUGGAACCUGUGCUGAAAUUCCACUACAUGCUGAAGAAGCUACAGCUGCACAGUGAGGAGUACGUGCUGAUGCAGGCCAUCUCUCUCUUCUCCCCGGACCGCCCAGGUGUGGUCCAGCGCAGGGUGGUGGACCAGCUGCAGGAGCGCUUCGCCAUCACCCUGAAGGCCUACAUUGAUUACAAGCGACCCCAGCCCGCCCAUCGGUUCCUGUUCCUGAAGAUCAUGGCCAUGCUCACCGAGCUUCGGAGCAUCAGUGCUCAGCACACCCAGCGGCUGCUGCGCAUUCAGGACAUCCACCCCUUCGCCACGCCGCUCAUGCAGGAGUUGUUCAGUGUCACAGAUGGCUGA